CUGCUGCUGUGCGUGCAGCUCUGCAGGGGCACCGGGGAGCUGCGACUGGUUAACGGAGGCAGCCGCUGCGCCGGUCGGGUGGAGAUGAAGCACGAGGGCCAGUGGGGCACCAUGUGCAGCUAUGACUUCGACUGGGAUGUCCGUGGGGCCUCCGUGGUCUGCAGGCAGUUGGGAUGCGGCACCGUGGCCAGGGCCUCCCCGUACACCCCAUUUGGGGCUGGGACUGGCCGGAUUUGGCUGCAACCCUUCUUAUGCCGUGGCACUGAGACAGCGCUCCACAACUGCCCCCACUUCGGCUGGGGCCAGCACUACUGUGGCCAUGACACAGAUGUUGGGGUGACGUGCUCAGAUGCCGUGGAGCUGAGGCUGGUGAAUGGAGGUGGUCCCUGUGCAGGCAGAGUGGAGGUGAAGCUGCGGGGCCAGUGGGGGACGGUGGCAGAUAAUGAAUGGGACAUGGAAGAUGCCGAGGUGGUGUGUCAGCAGCUGGGCUGUGGCUCAGCCAAAAGCGCCCAUGCCUGGAGCCGCUUUGGGAAAGGGUCUGGACCAAUUCAUCUGGCUGUCGUUGACUGUCGCGGGGAUGAGUCUGCCCUCUGGGAAUGUACUAUCAAGGGAUGGGAGCUGUACAAUGGAAGCCAUAGCUGGGAUGUUGGCGUGGUCUGCCAAGGGUUUGUGCGGCUGGUUGGCGGAGAUGGUGCCUGCUUGGGCCGCGUGGAGGUCAGGCAGGGCCGAGCCUGGGCCACCCUCUGUGAAGCCCACAUGGACCUCAACACCGCCCAUGUCAUCUGCAAGGAGCUGGGCUGUGGAGCAGCUCUGGCCAUCACUGGGGCGGCACGCUUUGGGGCAGGAGCUGGGCCCAUCUGGGACGGGGGCUUUGAGUGUGCAGGCAAUGAAUCCCUCCUGUCUGCCUGCGCCCGCAGGCUGCCCCAUGGCCAGGGCUGCACCCACACCAGUGACGCUGCCAUCAUCUGCUCCCCCUACACAGGCUUCAGGCUGGUGAACGGCAGCACAGAGUGCACAGGGCGGGUGGAGCUGGAGGCACGCGGCACCUGGGGCUCCCUCUGCGACGCUGGCUGGGACGUGCCCGAUGCCCAGGUGCUCUGCCACCACCUUGGCUGCGGCUUUGCUGCCUCUGUGCCUCGCAGAGGGUAUUUUGGGACAGGGAGCGGCCCGCUGUGGCAGGACACAUUUCACUGCAGCGGGACCGAGUCCCACCUGGGAGAGUGCCCUGCCAUGGCGCUGGGGACCCCUGCCUGCUCGCCGGACCACGCUGCCGCAGUCAAUUGCUCAGGUGGCACUGAACCCCUGCGGCUGGUGGACGGGGAGAGCCGUUGUGACGGGCGCCUGGAGGUGGCCCUGGGUGGGGCCUGGGGCCGAGUCCUGCCACAGCAGUGGGACGACAGCGGUGCCAGCGUGGUGUGCCGGCAGCUCCGGUGCGGCACGGUGCAGAAGGCCUACACCGCCCCAGUGCUGGGGCCAGGCUCGAGUCCCCUGGGGCUGAGUGGGCUCUGGUGUGCAGGCACGGAGACCCACCUGGCCCAGUGCAAUGCCACGCUGCCCAGCGCCGUGCCAUCGGGCCACACUGAGGAGGCGGUGGUUGUGUGCUCAGGGAGCCGGCGGGUGCGGCUGGCAAGCGGCCCUGGGCGCUGUGCUGGGAGAGUGGAGGUCUACGUGCAGGGGGCCUGGAUCCAUGUCUGUGAGGAUGCCUGGGACCUCUGGGAUGCCACCGUCGUCUGCCGCCAGCUGGGCUGCGGCAAGGCCCUGGCAGUGCCCGGCUCAGCCCGCUACGGCCGGGGCUCGGGGCCAGUGUGGCUGGGCGCCGGUGGGUGCUCCGGGACCGAGGCGACACUCUGGGACUGCUCGGCCCCGGCCCCGGCUCCAGGGCAGCGUGGUUGCAAGCAGGGUGCUGGCGCAGCAGCCGUUUGCUCAGAGCUCACAGUCCUGCGGCUGGCGGGUGGCAGUGGCUGCACUGGGCGCCUGGAGGUCUUCUACAAUGGGACGUGGGGCAGCGUGUGCGCCAAUGGCACCAGCCCCGCCACAGCCGCCGUGGUGUGCCAGCAGCUGGGCUGCGGGGCCACGGGCCGACUGGCAUCUGCCCCAGCAACCACACAGGGCUCAGGCCCCGCGUGGCUGGCCUGGGUGCAGUGCGAGCUGGGGACCGACUCCCUCUGGCACUGCCCCUCGGCACCCUGGCACCUGCAGCCCUGUGACUUCCCUGGGGACACCCACAUCACAUGUGACAGGGACCCUGGCGGCACCAGAGUGACUCCCACGCCAGCCAGGGCAACUGGAUGCCCAGACGGCACAGCUUGCACAGGUGCCCACAGGAGCCCCGCGGGGGGUGCUGGGGCCAUGCCAGUGCCCACCAUCCUCUGCAUCAUCCUGGGGACCCUGCUCUGCCUGGCCCUGGGGGCUCUCGCCAUGCAGGCAUGGCGCACCAUGGCUCAGCACAGAGGCCCUGGCAGAGCUGGGGACACAAUCUCUGAGGCCGUCUAUGAGGAGCUCGACUACACCCUGACGCCGGAGUACCAGGAGGUGCCCAGUGGCUCAGGCUCUCCAUCAGAAGGCUCAGCAGCAAAGCUGCCGUAUUACACCAGUGACAGCGUGGAGGUCAGCAGCCCCGCGACAGCAGCAGACACCCCUGCCCUGCCCAGGCAUGGCCCCCCGGAUGGGUAUGACGAUGCCGCGGCCGUGCUGCACCCGGGAGAGGCCGCUUCUCCAGGGUUGAGUGACGGAGGUGUCUCCGAGGUCACGGUGCUGGAAGCGGGGAGCCGGCCCUCGCUGAGCCACCCGGAGCUGCCAGGAGCCACGACAGAUGCACCAGCUUCAGCGCCCCGAGACAUGGGCUACGACGAUGUUGGUGUCAGUGGCCCCAGGACAUCACUGUCUUUCGCCCGCACUGUCCUACACUGGGAUGUUACCAUGCACGGCACCCUGACUACUGUGGCCCUCACCCGCCCCAGAGCAGCUCUGCACCAGGUCGACAUUUGCCAUCGCUGGUGGUGCACACUGCCCAUGGCAGGGACUGCAGUGGAGCAAGCGUUGCUCUAUAGAAAGGGCCAAGCAUGGGCAGCGCCGCCUGAUGCAGCAGUGGUGGAGCAGCUGGCAGGCUUCCUCUCCUCGCUGGAGGUUUCCCUUGCUACCGUCAAGCUACCUCAGAAGGGCAGCACAGCCCUCUGGGGUAUCUGCCACUCCUCUCAGGAUCACCCUUGGAUCAUCAGCACACUUGCUGUGGGUGCACUCUGUCCCCUCAUCCACGUCACUGAGGAAGAAGAUGAACAAAGCACCAGGGCAGUGAAAGCCAUGGGCAGGGAGUGGGCAUGGCAGCAGGGCUGUGGCCGUGCAGGCCCCCUGAGGUCGGAUGCUGUGGGGCCGGGACAGUGUAUCGCCAUCGAGGUGGACCAUGCCGUGUGGUCUCCGGCGGCAGUUCUUCUCUUUUUCUUGUUCGAUUGA